GUAGCAGAAUUGAGAGCUUCCUUUCUCAAGCUUCACAUGCUAGUGCAAUUGCUAGUAAAAGAGAAAGCAUUCUUCGUACAAUGUCAGAGAGAGAGGGAGGACUUGCUAGAGUUUCAUUAGAACGGCCAGAAACCAGCAGUUUAGAAAUAAGCAGAAGCAAGGAUUUGAAAACCUCCAAGACACCGUCCAUUCUAACUGUGGAGACAGAGUCUUUCCGUCCUACAUAUAAAGGAGAAGUUAAUGCUUUUUGUAUACAGCUCUUUUGUAUUGAUGAGAAACAUGAAACAAGGUCAUUGGAUUUCAUGAAUUUUGUUUUCAACCUUUUCCCAGACAAAGACUUCUGCAUUAUCUCUGUUCCACACAUGGUGCCUGAAUUUUAUCUGAUCCAGAAUUUUGUCCGGGUUGUACCCUUUAGCAGCUGUACACUGGAUCAAGAGCUCUAUGUGUUUCACCGUUCAGGAUUACUCAAGUCCUUUAUUGUAAGACCAGCAAGAAGCAGUGAUGUCGCUGGUGUUGAAUUACUAAUCCAAACCUUGAAAUUGAACAAAAGUAUAUUGGAUGACCUAAAUAGCUACAUAGUAGCACGAAGAGAUCCAGAUGGAACACCAAUUCAAGCAUUUGUAGCAGAAGUUUUGCAUCAAAUUGUUGGAAUAUCAGUUAUUAGAAAUGAAACGGAUAUAGAAUAUAUUCGCUCACACUACAACAUUGAAGACUUUAUUUAUUUCAGUCAUCACCAGCAGGAAGAGCAUGGUCACCUUUACCAUUUUGCACUAAAUCCAGUCUUUCAUCACUAUGCAAAACAUUUUAUGAAGGAGAUGCUUCGACUAGCCUACAAAUCUUGUCUCUACUACCCUAUUUAUCCUCAGCCUGAAGAUGGCAAGUUCCAGAAUCCCUGUGCCCAUUCCCUGACAUCUGCCCUUCAUUACAUGGUUCCCGUGCGACCAAGACGACAGAUUGUCUAUCCUCUGGAAAAACUUGGCAUAAAUGCUCCAGCAAAAGAGGUCUCUAAGGAUCAGGUAAAGUAUGCAUUGAACCACUUUAAUCGGAAGUUGUCCUUGGAGCCUAAAGUGUCGGUGAAUGCUAGAAUUGUAGUAGUUGGGGCAUCAAAUGUUGGAAUCUCCUUCCUAGAAACAUUAGUUUUUUGUCCACAUCUGAAAUUUAACAACCUAACCUUGAUUUCAACUCAUGGACUUCCAGGGAAAGAAGAGUCAAAUUGUCUACAUAAGCGGUUUUUAUCUAACAGCCAUUGUUUUAAUGAGAAUGACUUCGCACUGAUGUCACUUAGUUCAUGGAUUAAUGUUGUGGUUGGAAAAAUGACUGGCAUAGACAGAGCUGCAAAACAUGUACUGGUUUCCAGUGGGAGAAAAGUGCCUUAUGAUCAUCUCAUUCUCUGUGCUGGCCAGCAGUAUCAGGCCCCAUGUCCUACUGGUGCAGAUAUCAAAAAAUUGUUCACCAACAGGGAGGUCUCGACAAACUAUAAGCAAAGAUAUACAGGAGUAGUUCCUUCCAACCUUUUUGCUAUUUCUGACGAUGAAGACGCCUUCAUAGCAAUGAAGUAUUUAAAAGACAAAGUUGUUAAUACCUCAGGGAAUGUUAUUGUCUAUGGGAAUACAAUUGACAUUUACACUACUAUAGCAGCUCUCUUAUCAUUAGGAGUUAAUGGCAGCCUCAUACAUCUUGUGCAUCCUCCAUUAUGCUCAAAUGUUACUUCUCUUAAUAACAACGCAAUAGAAAAUGCUGUCCAGAGAGCCCUGUCCAGAGCUGGUGUGACUGUGCAUCAUGACAGUCUGCUGGCUCAGUGGAAUGAUGGCGCCCACCCGGACCCAAUUGCGUUUGCAUCCUUCACUACUAACACAAAGCCAUUCAGAUUGCAGUGUUCUGCAUUCUUUAACUUUACUGAAAAAAGAGUGGAUUAUGAGACCUUCAAGGCAAUUAAUGAUGCGUGUCUAGUUUACGACGGGAGGCUUGUGAUUGAUACCAACUUCCAUACUAAUGAUAUCGCCAUCAGAGCUGCAGGUUCUUUAACCAAGUUCUCCAAUAUAUACUAUGCCAAUGAAUGGACACACAGCAAUUUCAGCUCAAAAGAGGUCGGCUUCCAGCUUGCUGCAACCAUGCUAAAUCUUUUUGAUCCAACUCUGGAGCCAGUUUUUGAACCCCCAGAAGAUUUGGAUAGACUCAUCCCUAUAUACAAGGGAUGCAAAGUUCAAGGUGGUGUUCUACCUGGAAAAUAUAAUUAUGUGCAUAUUUUUAAACCUGGAAUUCCUUCUCGCUUGGAUGUACAAGAAUCACAACCUAAUUAUGGGAUGGCAAUCACAACAGGAGAUGCAAUAAAGGGAAACUACUUCAGAAUACAUGUCAACCAGUACAGUAUGAUAGAAACAAUUACCUGCUUUUCAAAGGAUCCUGUUCCUGUCUCCAACUACAUCUGUUUAUUUGCACAGCACGAGCGUCUUCUUAAUAAUCUUUGUUCUCGCUGGAGGGAAGGACUGAUCACAGAUCUCUACAGCUACUUGAAGGAACCUUGGGCUUUGACCAUCUAUCACGAUCGCUUUAUCGAUCUGAAGAAGGAACUGCGCCAGAUUCUAGUAUCUGUCCAGGAAGAAGGUGUUCCUUCACUUCAAGAACUUGUUCGCCAAGUUGUGGAAGGUGAACUUGCAUUAAUAGAGAGACCAAAGACAUAUCUCAAACGGUUCUAUAAGCAAAGUGUCCACAAGGAACUGCUGGAGAAAAGCAUUCUCAAUUAUCUGGACUACAACAAUUAUCACCUGCCAAUGUUUGCCUGGCCAGGGAUAGUUUAGGUGUGGCUGGAAAAGUAUGGCCUUUGCUACUUUAAAUGAUACGAGGGUCUUAACAAAAAUUUGGGGGAUGGACUGUCCUGUGCACAAAAUGAAAUCUGUCUUAUUUAAAAAGCCCACCAGGUGGAGUAUAAUCCUGAUUUUGUUGUUUUGCAAGACUGAAUUAAAAAUCAAAUAAACAAGUCAUGCAGUUA